GAUCCUCUGUUGUCUUGUUCGAUGAGAGAUGGCGGAUUAAGUGAGAUUGAUCUGUGCUGUUUUGAAUCGCCUGGUGGAGUUAUAAUGCAGACACAACUUUGGAACCCAUAUAAAGGACCAAAAGACUCUUUUACGAUUCAUGGGUUAUGGCCAGACAAAUGUGAUGGAUCGUGGGAGCAAUUUUGUGAUCGAUCAACUCAAAUACCAUUUUCAAGAACUUUUGAUUUGAGAUCUGUUAUCAGAGACCAAUUUAAUGAAACAUUGUUAUUAGAUUAUAUGAAUGAAUAUUGGAAGGAUUUUUCAAGAGACGAUAGCAAUUUAUGGAAACAUGAGUUUAAUAAGCAUGGGACAUGCGUGUCUACGAUACAACCACCAUGUUAUCAAAAGAAAGAUAAUAGCAGUAAAGGGAGUAGUAGAGGUGUAUUUGAAGAGAAUGAAAUAAUUGAAAAGGAGUAUUUAAGGUAUCAAAAUGCCAUUGAUUACUUUAAAGUGACAAUAAAUUUAUUUAGAAAAUUGCCUACGUAUGAAUGGUUAAAAGAGGAUGGUAUUAUUCCAUCGGGUGUUAAGACGUAUACAAGAGAUGAGAUAUCUCAAUCAUUGAAUAAACAUUUUGGAUCGAAUGUUUAUUUUUCAUGUCGUGGAAGAAAAUUGAAUGAAAUCUGGUAUUAUUUUAAUUCAUAUGGAUCGAUUUUACAACAAAAUUUUACAUCGAUUGAUACAUUGACCAAUUAUGAUAAUAGAUGUCCAGCAACAGGAAUUAUUUAUCCUGUGAAA